CUCUACAGGGGUCUUUUCUGCUCAUGUCACUACAUAAAACUAUCAGAUGGUUAGAGGAAGGCCAUGGAGGCGUACGCUUUAGCGAGUCUCACCGAGGACGCCGAGUGAAGUCCGUUCAGCAGUAGCGGGACGAGCUGACUUACUUUGCGCGAAGACUCCAUAAAUGCGCACCGUCCGAGGCGGCGCACAGACCGGCUGCUGCACUCACGGCGCGACUCCAGCGCUGCUAAACAACGCUCCUUCUGCGUAACGCUUUGCGAGGAAUUAGAGGAAAUUAAAACUGUUCUUUGAAUAAUAUUUUAAAAACUUUGAAUCGAGGAUGCCUCGCCCCGGGAGAAACACGUACAGCGACCAGAAGCCACCAUACUCAUACAUCUCCCUCACUGCCAUGGCGAUCCAGAGCUGUCCGGAGAAGAUGCUGCCCCUCAGUGAAAUCUACAAGUUCAUCAUGGACAGGUUCCCGUAUUACAGGGAAAACACGCAGCGGUGGCAGAACUCUCUGCGCCACAACCUCUCCUUCAACGACUGCUUCAUCAAGAUCCCGCGGCGCCCGGACCAGCCGGGUAAGGGCAGCUUCUGGGCACUGCACCCCAACUGCGGGGACAUGUUCGAGAACGGGAGUUUCUUGAGGCGCCGCAAAAGGUUUAAGGUGCUUGGUGCCUCCGAUCACCUGGGCCCUAGCAAGCAGUCGGACGCUGCGCACUACCUCCAGCAGCAAGCCAAGCUGAGGCUGAGCGCACUGGCGGCCACCGGCACGCACCUGCCCCAGAUGUCCACGUACAACCUCGGAGUAACCCAGUCAUCCACCUUCAAGCAUCCGUUCGCCAUUGAGAACAUCAUCGCGCGCGAAUACAAAGUCCCUGGAAGUCUGGCGUUCUCCACAAUGCAGUCCAUGUCGGCCGGGUACCCUCUCCACAACCAGCUCACCACGGCCUGGCCCCACAUGUACAACAGCAGCGUCAUCGACACGGCGACCCCGAUCUCCAUGGCCAGCAGCGACUACAGUGCCUACGGCGUGCCCAUCAAGUCCCUGUGCCACGGGGGGCAGUCGUUACCGGCCAUCCCGGUGCCCAUCAAGCCCACCCCAACCUCCAUGACGGGCUUUUCGGCGCUACCACCGCACAUCCCCGCGUUCCUCUCAAACUCUCCCCAGUCCCUGAGCCCGACCUCCCCACAGACAGCCACGAGCCAAAGCAGCCCCGCGACCCCGAGCGAGACUCUGACGAGCCCCACCACGCUGCAGUCCGUGGCUGUGCACUGACCACCCGAACCGGGCCACCCGCACCCCCAACACCAACUCCUUUCACCAAAACCCAAAGUUUAUAUUUUCACCCGACGGGAACCAUAAGGCGAGUGGCAGAUGCAUAUCGAUUUAUUUGUGUUUGUGUGUUGAAUGUGUCGCUUUAAAUGGUGUCAAAAGUCCCAGUCCAGCACAGAGACACACACGUUAUUGCUCUUGAACAGAUAAAUUAUUUUUAUUUUGACUUUUAUUAUUGUGAUUGACGUGGAACCACUGAACUGGGAUAAGAUCUGGAGAAGCAGUUUUCCCUUUUUCAUUUUUAUGAAAACGUUUGCACCGCUUCUGUGGGACCACUGUAUCUGUCAAUAAAAUUGCGAGACACUGGCUCCGUUUUAGGUUCGCUUUUAACACUGGAACGAUGGUUGGAUAUACCAAAUAGGAGUUUAGUAUUUAGAUUUGUUCACUGUAAAGGGAAAAAAGCAAACUGGUAAAAAAUCUCUUUCAAACUGGAUAUUGUGAGACGUGCUCAAAAUGCAAGAUGUGAAUAUUUGCAAACUGGUACUGAAAUGUUGUAAAAUGCACUUUUUAGUUUUAGAUAUCUAUUUUACAGAAGAGGAGAGUAAAAAAUGUUCUGUGAAGCAUUUAAUUUAAAGCUGUGGUGACCAUGUGUAUCAGACGCUGUAAAUUUGUAAUUUCAUUAUUAUUAUUAUUAUUAUGUUUUUAUUUAGGUACAGCAUGCGUUCUAAAAUUGUGUUGUUCUUGUUGUUGCUGUUGGUGUCGUUUUAUUUUUUAUUUUAUUUUGCAAGCAUGCAUGCUUUUGAAAAGUGUGUGCAAAACAUUUGGGAAGAAAAAUGGUCAUCGAAAUAUUUUCUCAUUAAAAGUGAAGUAAACAAUCAAAAUGUUUCUAAAAGUUUAAUCCAAGAAAUUAUUAUUGUUGUUAUACAUUCUAUCAGAAACAAAAAUUAACAUUUGAUAAUAAUAAUAGCAAUAAUAAUUAUAACAACAAUAAUAAUAAUAAUAACAAUAAUAAUAAUAAUAAUAAUAAUAAUAAUAAUAAUAAUAAUGUGUUAUUUCUGAGUGUGGGAGAGCCACGAGCUUCAUGUGAGCAGAACUGAAUCGUUGGCUUCUCCAUUAGGAUGCAGGAAGCUGUGAUGCUCCGCUUACAGCGCAGACAACAAGUCUCAUUCAUCAAGCUGAGCUGAAUUAGGCCACAGAAUAAACAUCUAAAUACACAUGGUUUACAAAUCAUUAUUGUGAUUAUUUUUACCCAUUUAUUCCAGAAAAAAUGUCCCAAUCAAAUCCACGUUGGUUUCCUUGCAACCUGUGGGUGCAGCAGCUGCACCUGCGCGUUUCAGCUUUUUAUUCAACAGGUUUAAAAAUAGAACACACCACAUCUGCAGGAACUGCGUUUAGAAUGAUCUGUUUAUUUAUGCAUCCUCUCUAAAGAGAAAGGGAGAAAACAAAGCAUCAGCCUCUUUUCGGAGCAUUAAACAAAUACAUUAGAAUUCCGUCACUUUAUGCAAUCCAGAUCAAAUAAAGGGGUCUCGGGCCACUUCAUUCUCCCUCAUUCUCUUGGAUUGAAAGAGCAAAGAAUGGUAAACUUCGACUGGGCCACCAAUGUAGAUUUAGGCCUUUUUUCAGCGAGACAAAACCAGAUUUUUUUCACAAACACAUUGCUGACUGGGGAACUAGGAAACGAGCUGCGAGCCCCUUUUGGAAUUUAAAUCCACCCCUCCCCCCUGGACUGUUUGUACAACACUGUUAGUUUAUUUUCUUUUCUCCUUUUCUUUUUACAACCUCUCGUUUUUCUGCACUUGUGUUUGCAACAUCAACUCUGGCUCCGGAUGAGAUCUUAAACCACACACUUAAAAUAUUAAACCAGAGAAAAGGUUAGAUUGUUACAAUAAUACCAAAUGAAGUAAUAAAAUUGUUUUUCUUGUCAAAGCUAUUUUAAAACACCUUUUUAUUUUUAUUUUUUUCCAGGAUUAUUGAAUUUGAAAUAAUUGAUAUAUUGUUAAAAUAAAAGUAAAUGUAAAUACAACAUGCAAAUGUCUAAAAUAGUUUAUGCAAAUAAGAAAUGAAAUAAAGUUUACCAAAACAUUUC